AUGUCCAAGCCUACUACACAAGUUGCGGCGUUCUCAGAACACCGAGCUGUUGAUGAUUCCCGAAGAACGUCUCUCACGGGCGGUAAUGAUAAGAAGAUAGCAACCAACGAGAAAUCGAAUGAAAAGGAGGACGUCGAGAGCUCCUCGAAGUCGGGGGUUCUGAUAGUAGAUUGGGAUGGCCCAGAUGAUCCACAGAAUCCGAAAAACUGGUCAUACAGGAAGAAAUGGGCGGCAACCCUGGUCGUUUCAUCAUUCACCUUCAUCAGUCCUGUGUCUUCAUCCAUGAUAGCCCCAGCGGCGGAUGACAUGUCGAGAGAUUUCGGAAUAACGAGCAGUGUUGUCACAGCACUCACGAUAUCGGUCUUUGUGCUCGCGUAUGGUACGUUCAUGCAGUUCCUCGGCCCACUCAGUGAAAUAUUUGGGCGUUCCCGAGUCGUUCAACUCGCGAACUUGUUCUAUCUUGCGUGGAACAUCGGUUGCGGCUUCGCCCAGAACACUGGACAACUUAUCGCGUUUCGCUUUCUAGCUGGACUAGGAGGUAGCGCACCUCUUUCAAUCGGAGGUGGCGUAAUAUCAGAUACAUGGGGAACCCAUGAACGCGGAAAAGCCAUCGCCAUCUACUCCCUCGCCCCACUCUUAGGUCCUGUCAUCGGUCCAGUUGCAGGAGCGUGGAUAGCGGAGAAGUCAACAUGGCGUUGGGUGUUUUGGUCCACAAGCAUCGUUUGCGUCGCUAUCCAAAUUUCAGGCCUAUUCUUCCUACGCGAAACUUUUGCGCCUGUUCUACUCGAACAGAAAGCCAAGGAGAUGCGCCAAAGUAUGGACCUAGAAAACGGGCCUUACAAAGAAGUACGGACAGUAUACGAUGGCGCCGACAGAUCGUGGCAGGCAAUCAUGACACGGUCGCUCACCAGACCCUUCAUGCUUUUCUUCAACGAGCCCAUCCUUCAAGUCUUCGGCGUGUACAUGGCGUUUGUCUACGGAGUGUUCUACCUAUUCCUCACCACCAUGCCUCUGAUAUUCGAGGGCGCUUACCACCAGCGGCCUGGGAUUGCUGGUCUGCACUAUAUUGCCAUUGGCGUAGGUUUAACAGGCGCAUCACAAUUCAACGCCCGAGUAAUGGACCGAAUUUAUGCCUACCUGAAGAAAAAGAACGGAGACAACGGUAGACCGGAGUACAGGCUUCCUUCCAUGGUCCCCGGCACGCUCAUGCUUCCGGUCGGGCUCCUCAUUAACGGCUGGUCGGCUCAGAACCACGUUCAUUGGAUCGUGCCUGAUAUCGGCACUGCCCUCGUUGGAGCCGGCAUCAUACUCAAUUUCCAGUCCAUCCAGGUGUACGUCGUCGAUACGUUCAGUUUGUACGCCGCGUCAGCCCUCGCGGCAGUUACGUUCCUCCGCUCCGUCGCAGGGUUCGCAUUCCCUCUCUUCGCUCCUCAGAUGUAUAAAGUAUUGGGAUUUGGGAAAGGCGAUACCAUCUUGGCGGCUGUAGCUAUUGUUAUUGGGUGCCCAGCGCCGUUUUUGUUUUGGAGGUACGGCGAGCGAAUACGUCACGGAAGCCGGUACGCUCGCAAGCCUGCUCUCAAGGCUUGA